UCUCAUUUCAUCCAUCCCUCCAUCCAUCCCUCCGCACACUUCUCCCGGGUGGAUUUUUCAGGGCCGUGCACACAGCCCCUAUCCCCCCUUUCGGAUACCUCUUCCCAAACCGCUGUCCUCUGGCUAGGAGCAAGGGCAGGAGAGGAGAAAGGGAGUAGAAAGAGGAGAGAGACGAGAGGAUUUACUGCUGAGGAGAGAGGGAGAGGAGAGGGAUCAUGGCUGGUCUCUUGGCGGUGUUGAAGUGCUGGGUCUUGCUGCAGACUCUGUGCCUGGCUUUGGCCCAAGUGAGAGGUCCUGCUGGGCCUCAGGGCCAGGCUGGUUCAGCCGGCCCCUCCGGUACCCCUGGGUCCGACGGCAUUGAUGGAGACACAGGACCUCCUGGACCUCCUGGUCUUCUAGGCCCAAAGGGGGAACCAGGCGAGGCAGGUGCAGAUGGACCUGCUGGGGAGAACGGCAUUGAUGGUUUGAUUGGCGCAAAGGGAGAUAGAGGGCCUAUCGGUAGCCCUGGACCUAAGGGCCAGCCUGGACCUGGUGGUGAGCCUGGGCCCCCUGGACCUGGCCUUCCUGGAUUGGCUGGUGCACCAGGACCAAUUGGUCUCCCUGGUGAGAUUGGGGUGACUGGACCCAAGGGUGCCAUUGGUCCCCCUGGCCCCGGAAUCUCAGGAGCUGCAGGAAAACCAGGUCCUCCAGGGAAGUUUCUGGGAGGUGAGGAGGGCAGUGCAGAGUUCCAGUGUCCUAUCAACUGCCCAGCAGGUCCCAAAGGCCCUCAAGGUCUCCAGGGGGUCAAGGGACACAAAGGCCGAGCUGGUGUGCUUGGAGAGCCUGGAAGCAUCGGAACACUGGGCACGAAGGGUGAUGUUGGCAUCUCAGGGGAGCAGGGCAUCCCAGGACCUCCGGGUCCGAUGGGUGUGAGGGGCUACCCCGGAAUGAUGGGACCCAAGGGUGAGGCGGGCCCUCGGGGCUAUAAGGGCAUUACUGGACCUGUUGGCAUUCCAGGGCCCCCAGGUGAGGAGGGACCGCAGGGGCCCCCCUGGAGAGGCUGGAGUGAAAGGCCUCGUGGUGACCAGGGUAUUAAGGGCCCACAGGGAGCUGUUGGCAAAAAGGGAGAGAACGGCCUGCCAGGCAUCGAUGGGAAGGAUGGCACACCUGGCAUCCCUGGCAUCAAGGGAGGCCCGGGGCAGGCUGGGAGACCUGGUCCUCCGGGUCAUCAGGGCACUGCAGGGUUACCUGGUAGUCCUGGAACCAAGGGUGGUGCUGGAAUCAAGGGAGAGACGGGGCCCAGAGGUCACGUGGGAGCGGCCGGAGCCUCUGGACCACAGGGUGAGCCUGGUCUUCCUGGCGAGGCUGGUAUGGAGGGUGUUCCAGGGCCUAAGGGUGACCGAGGCCAGAGGGGCCUCGUGGGCCCCCAGGGUGUGGUCGGCAAAGUCGGAGGUCAUGGAGAGAGAGGGCCGAUGGGCAUCCCAGGGGCUCAAGGCAUCACAGGCACCAAGGGAGACAAGGGAUUCCAAGGAAAAGUUGGGGCGAAGGGAGACUUUGGUGACCCAGGUGUUGAGGGCUUGGCUGGAGAGAAAGGUGAAAAGGGUUUGUCUGGUGAACCUGGACCCAAAGGACAGCAAGGAGUGAGGGGGGACCCUGGACACAACGGCCCCACAGGGGACCCGGGUAAACCAGGGGACCAGGGUCCCGCAGGCCUGCCUGGACCCAGGGGCCUCAACGGGGAGAGGGGAGUACCAGGCAUGCCAGGCAUCCUCGGCACGGCGGGACGAGACGCAUCCGACCAACAUAUCAUUGAGGUGGUGCUGAAGAUGCUUCAAGAGAGGCUGGCGGCGGUGGCAGUGAGUGCUAAGAGGGCAGUGCUGGGAGGAGCCGGUGUCAUGGGCCCCCCAGGCCCCCCUGGACCCCCCGGAGCCCCUGGCCCCCAGGGCCCUCACGGUCUCACAGGUGCCCGGGGCAUCCCAGGCAUUAUCGGAUCCUCGGGCCAGAUUGGCAACACCGGACUGAAAGGAAAGAGAGGAGGGAAGGGAGAUCGAGGAGAGCCUGGUCGCCCUCACGCGGGCCAGCCUGGACCACCAGGAAUCCCAGGCUCUCCCGGUAUCGAUGGCGUGGCGAGGGACGGUAGACCAGGCGAACGAGGACCCCAGGGCUCGGCAGGAGAGGCUGGUCACCCCGGUAAGGCGGGUCCUCCCGGCCUCCCAGGGUUCUGUGAGGCUGCGGCGUGUCUGGCAGCCUCAGCCUACACCUCCCCGAGACUACAGGACUCCGCCAGGGUCAAAGGGCCCGGCGUCUAAAGACACAUCUCUCCACCUGCUACCCACAACACCUGGGAGAGAGAGAGAGAGAGAGAGAGAGAGAGGAG